GGGGGGUGAUUUGAUUGUUGUUGUUGUUGUUGUUUGUUUUUAGUAGCAGGCGAGGAUCCGUAAUGGUCGCAGUUUCGUUGACACCCAUUGACAGCAACCAAAUAGGCAGCACGCACUGCGGGUCACAGUUCGGAUCCGGCAGGCCGCCCCGGUUAUUACCGCGGGCCAUCGGCAUUGCGGUAAAUAUUUUGCCGGAAGUCCAAAAAUGUGACUGGAAUUUUUACUCAAUUGGGAUUCGACGCACCACAUUGGCAACAUUAUCCCCUACCGGCAGACUCGGGUCAACACCAUUGCUGCGAAAGAGACUCCGCUCCGGCCUCUCGCGUUCUCACCCCAACUUGGAAACCCCCCCCCCCCCGGGCACAACGCCAUGCCAAGUCCAUUGCGUAACCUCGCUCGGACACUCGGGGGAUGGAUCCCGGAUGCCAGGGUCAUCAUGGCCUCGGGUGCCGGAGACACCUUUGAAGCCGGCGUUGGCCGUGCCGAGCUUCACGCGGCCACACAGCACGCGGGUCCAGCAGCAGCAGCAGCAGCAGUUCUGGCAGCAAGUCGAUCACCGUGGAUCCGCCGUCUUUAGUUUGUUGACCUUGCCCCCCGGUUUAGCACGGUUGGCUUGCAAUAAAGAACGGCGACAAUACGAAAUGAACUCAGCAAUUUUAUACAUAUAGAUUUUUUAAAAGAAUCUUUUUGGAUGAGCACAAUACUCGUGCCACAAAGCGCGGCACUUCUCUGGCACGCCGCUAAUGCACCAUUUCUCCCUGCGGCAAAUGGAGCGCGGAGCAUUUUCAUUGCGCCACAGAGUGUAGCCUCCAUAAGGCGAAUCCUUCUCACCCACGGUCAGCGCCGCUCCCGCUCGCUCCCUCGCUCAGUCAGGUCUUUCGGUCGGUUGGUCACUCAGUCGCUCGCUCGUACGCUCGGUUGCUCGCUCGCACGUUUGGUCGCUCGUUUUGCUCUGUCGCUUGCUCACUCACUCGGUUGCUCGCUCAUUUGCUAGGCCACUCCGUCACUGGAUCGGUUGCUCGCUCGCGGCGUUUGGUCGCUCGUUUUGCUCUGUCGCUUGCUCACUCACUCGGUUGCUCGCUCAUUUGCUAGGUCGCUCCGUCGCUGGAUCGGUUGCUCGCUCGCACGUUUGGUCGCUCGGUCGCUCGGUCGCUCGCUCGCGACCGCACACUUGGACCCGCCACGUGGACAAGGGGGAUGGCCGCGGUACACCAGCGUCCGGGCCGCCAUCGGGGGCGGAUUCCGGCGAUGUUCGCUCCGAAAAUACCGGCCGAUGGGGUGGACCGGCACGGCGGACUGUCGGUGCGGGCCACAAAUGCGAGCGAUUCGUGGCACUUUGAGGCAUUUGUCAAAGUGCCUUGCAAGUGCGAAUAUAAUCAUCGUGAUGAUUGUUGUUGCUGCUGUUAUAGUGUGUUGAGUUGAGCGGAAUAUGCGGACGGAAGGCAAGUUUUGUAAAACAUCUACAGCUCGGUGCUCACGCUGAGCGACAAUCCUUGCCGGCUGCCUCCAUGAGCAAAGAGCGUGCGGGAUUUGCCCAUUGCCCUGUGCACGUGCGGAAUUAUUCCGCGCGUUCGAUUUCCGUUUAAAAAAAAAAAAAUACGAAACUUCACGAGUCGAUCGUGCUUAUUCACGGGUAAACAUUUUUUGUUUUUCAACAUACAUAUAUUUUUUUCGUGCAUAUAUAUGUAAACAACUCCUUUAGGCGGGCCAUUGUAAACGACGGGAGAGUGGGGUCACGGCCACUCGAGGGCUCCCCAAAGCCCCGCAACCGGAACGCCGCGCCGCUCACAGGUGGCCCGGCGCGGCGAGCCGCCCCCGCCGAGUGGCAACGGAGGCAUUCGCCCACGCCGGAGGGGGGUCUCCGUAUUUUGGUGGCCGCUUGCACCGCCCCAGCCGCCGGCUCAUCUCUGCUCACGCGCUGCGGGUGUGCGUCGGGGUCUCGGCGACGCCGCGUUUUUGUUCACGUGUGGCUGCGUGCUCACGUGUGGCUGCGUGCUCACGUGUGGCUGCGUGCUCGCGUCCGCUUGUUGUGUUCUCGUCUUCCUAGGGGUCAAGACGGAUCGCCGCUAUUCCGUCGGAAAGUCACGAGCCGAGAAGAAAGCGCCCGGCGCCUGGGGAGACUUCUUCCCAGACAAGCGGAGGUGCCGGCUCCGACUCGGGGCCCACAUGGCCGAGUGGAAGAAAUCGUCAUCGUCAUCAUCAUCCGACGACGAUGACGAGAUUGACACGCAACUCUCGGCCACCGCCAGCACGAUCAACGUCAUCGGCAUCAUCAGCGUCAUCGCCUCUCACUGGACCACGGGCGAGGUUCCGCCGGUGCUGGAAAGGCCGCAGAUGCUAAGAUCUCAGAUCUAUCGCUCCUUGCAGCUGAGCUUCAGGCAACAAUUGUGGGUCCAACAAAAAAGGUGGUGAGCUCUAGGAUGGAGGUGGAUCCCAGGGUGGAGGUGGGUCCCAGGGCGGAGGUCGGUCCCAAGAUAGAAGUUGGUCCCAGGAUGGACGCGGGAUCCAGGAUGGAAGUUGGCUUCAGGGCGGAGGUGGGCUCUACGGCGGAGGUGGGCUCCAGGACAGAGGUGGGCUCCUGGACAGAGGUGGCUCCAGGACAGAGGUGGACUCCAGGACAGAGGUGGGCUCCAGGACGGAGGAGGGCUCCAGGGCGGAGGAGGCGGUGCAACGCGGCCGGGUCUCCAGUGCCACGGCCGCUUGGGACGUCGGGCCCGGCUCGGAGCUCCGUCACGAGCACGCGGCCAUCAGGGAGACGUGCAUGCUGGGACGCAGGGAGGCCCCGGCGGCGGCGGCGGCAACGGCGUGGCGUCGUGCACGCAGCGAGGAUGACCUCCUGGCGGCCACGGCGGCCGGACGCGGGGGCUCCGCCCGGAAGGCGUGGCCUCACUUCAGAGCGGGCGCCGCAGCUGCCGCCGCCGCCUCUACGGACGCCGGGCGAGAGGCGGCCGGGGGGCGGCACUUCCUGUCCAGCGGGAGGGCGUCGAUGGGAGGCGACGACCCGGCCGUCUACGCGCCCUUCCUCAACUUCCAAAAGGAGGCUCUGCUCCAGAACCGGGACGCCAGUGCAGGGGACGGCGCUGGCGGCCAGGGGCUCGGCGCAGACCUCGCGUGUGAAGCCUCCAAGCACAAGCGGCGAGCCACGGACAUAGCCAGAGACGUAAAAACUCGGCUGGGCUUUUUGCGUCGGAAACACGACGGGCAGCUAUCGGCGACGCCGACAGCCGGCCACGGGGAGACGUUCCUCGGCAGGCUCACUCGGGCCUCCAGGCCGAGUGCGGAGGAGGUGAGGAGCUGGAGCGAGUCUUUCGACAACGUCCUCUCUCACAAGCACGGCGUGCGGCUGUUCCACGCCUUCCUGCGCAGCGAGUUCUCGGAGGAGAACCUCGAGUUCUGGCUGGCGUGCCGCGAGCACCAGCGGCUGGGAUCGGCGUCGCGCCGAUCGGCGCACGCCCGCAAGAUCUACGGCGAGUUCGUGGCCACGCAGGCCCCGCGCGAGGUGAACCUGGACGCGAUGACACGGGCGACCGUGUCGGAGCGCCUGCGAGUGGCGCCGGCGUCCCCGGGCGCCUUCCGCCCGGCGCAGGCGCGGAUCCGCGGCCUCAUGGAGGGCGACUCGUACCCCCGCUUCCUGCGCUCCGCCGCCUAUGCCCAGCUGAGCGCCACGGCCGCCCCCCGGCAUCCUCCGCCGGUGCCACCGCCGGCGCCGGCGCCGGCGCCGGCACCGCACGCCCGCCGCUGACCGGCGUUCCGUGGCGCCGCGAGCCCCAAUCGGUGGCGCGAUAUCUUCCGCCUCCCGUCUCGGGGUUUAUUUUAUUUGUCGCCUGCUCGCGACACUGUCGGUCGGCGAGCAUCGACAGGGCGCCCGCCGCUCGCCGCGGGCGGUUCGCCGGCCCGUGUGUGCCGGGCCGGGCCCCGCCCCCUCGGCGAUGGUGCCACGCGCGGUGACGGUGACGCAGCGAGCCGUCGGCCCCGCGGCGGGGGGCUAACCCUCGGGCGCCGUCCAGAAAUGUGCGAGGCCAUCGCGCGCGGGCUAACGUCCCCGUGGUAAACUUGACAAAUUGACACCGUGCAGCGCCCGCGUUUGGGGGUGACGGCAGCGGCAUCAGCAGCAGCGGCAUCAGCAGCAGUGGCAUCAGCAGCUGAGUCGGCAGCGUCAGCAGCAGCGUCAGCUCACUCCCCGAGAACCCUCCGCAGGGCUUGUCUGUGACACAGCAAACGGCACUUUCCUUGCGCGAUGAUCGCCAUGCACCGUGCGAGCGAUAGUCCCAGGCGGUCUCCGAGCAAACCGUGCGAGAGAGAGAGGGAGAGAGGGAGAGAGAGAGGAGAGCGAGAGAGAGGAAGAGAGAGUGAGAGUGAGAGAGAGAGUGAGAGAGUGAGAGAGAGAGUGA